AUGCCCGCCGCAAAGAUAUAUUACGACUCGGACGCCGACCUGUCGUUGUUGAAGGACAAGCAGAUCGUCUUUCUGGGAUAUGGGAAUCAAGGUGCCGCUCAAGCACAAAACCUGCGUGAUUCGGGUAUUCCAAACGAGAAAAUCUUGAUUGCAAACCGCGAAGAUUCGUAUGUCGAAGAUGCAAAAGCGAAGGGCUUUAUUGUGGAACAUGAUUUUGUCAAGGCGGCAAACGUUGCGGAUGUUCUUUUCUUGUUGAUUCCCGACCAGGUCCAACCGCGCAUUUUCAACGAACAGUUCGCUCCUCACCUUAAGCCGACUGCAACUAUUGUCAUUGCCAGCGGAUACAAUGUAUUCUUCAAGUUGCUCAAUUUUUCGCCUCAGCAGGAUGUCGUGAUGGUUGCGCCAAGGAUGAUAGGAAGCUCUGUCCGUUCUCUUUAUCAGAAAGGGAAGGGCUAUCCUUGCUUUGUUUCUGUGGAACAAGAUGGAACGGGUUUAGGGCUUUCCAUUGCACUGGCUCUCUCGAAAGCCAUCGGAGCGACCAAGGCUGGGGCAAUCGCAUCGUCUGCUCGGGAGGAGACCGCAAUGGACCUGUUCGCGGAGCAAGGCCUCUGGCCCAACAUCAUCAUGUUAUUCAGAGAGGCAUUCAGCGUCCUCAAAGAGGCGGGUUGCUCCGAUGAGGCGCUUUGUUACGAAAUGUGGAUGUCGAAGGAGCCUGCGGAGAUCUUCGAACGGGCAGCGGAGGAUGGGUUCAUCCAUCAGUUGAAACAUCAUUCGACCGUUUCGCAAUAUGGCCAGCUUAGCGGUGCAUUGGCGCUCGAUGGUGCUGGCGCUCGUGCCCACUUUAAAGAUAUCCUCUACAAUCAGGUUCUCAAUGGAAAUUUUUGCAAGGAGUUCUCAAAACUCGAGGCCGACCUGGAACAAGAUGGUCCUACUAACCCUAUCAAUGAGCUGUACCGUCGGGCAGAGGAGAUGGAGCUGGCACAGGCCGAAAAGCGCGUGCGUCAUAGGCUGGCUGAUCUUCUGUGA